CUCCGAGAUGAGUGUGACCGAUCUCAGUCGAUACACCUCAGAGUUUCUCGAGAAUCUUACUGAUGAUAUCAGGCACGAAGGCGUCUUCGAGAAGAAUUCAAAUUUACCAGUGAGCAGAAUAGUCGUAACCAAGCUCCCAAAAAGUUCGGAAGAAGAGAUCAUCAGAGAGAAAGCAAAGCGAAUUUUGCAAAAUAGAUAUGGGUUUAGUGAGGGUCAAGUGGAUAACUUAUUCUCUAUUCAGAAAAAUGUUCAACCCAAAAGCAAAACCACGCACGAAGUGCCCUGUUCCACAGUAAACAUUGUUAUUUCUAAGAGACAAAGUCUCCUUUCUUCGAAAGAUCGGGCCCGACAAGAAACAAUUGGAGAGAUGGCGCAUCGGUUUUUACGGGAUAAGCUUAGUAUUCGGGAUAUAAGAGCUGAAGCUUAUGCCUUGGCCCUAUCAGCAAAAAAUGCUAAUGCUGAUUUUACAGAAGAAGCUAACAAAAUCCAGAGGGACAAUCAGAAAAAGGCUGAAGCCAAUCGUAUUGAUUAUCCAGAUGAAUUUACAUUAGAAUCAGUCAAAGAAAGAUUGGAUAGUUAUGAUACAACUACUUUACCCGACUUACAAGCUCUCGCAGAUAAUAGGGGUCAACCAGAUAUUCCUAGAAAAUUUAAGAAGUACCAAGAACGAGCUAAGGAACUACUCACUUGGGUACAGAAUGCUAUAUCGUCUGGCCGAAUGGGUGAUCCAGGUAAGCCAGGAGUUAAAUGGUUCAAUAGAUUCUUAAAAAAUAUGAUCCAAUUCCCAAAUACUUACGAAAAUUGGUGCCAUUUAUGGUGUGGUAGCGCAUGA